AUGUCCCUAGCUGUUGAAUGGAACAGUUACUCUGUGCACCGGAAAGGUCUACGUGUCUCAACAUUCCUGCACGGCCACCAAUGGAGUACUUACUUCCUAUCUCUUCCAUACCGCUAUGCCAUUCCGCUCAUUGCAUGUUCUGGUAUCCUUCACUGGCUCAUAUCACGGAGCCUUUACAUCGUUAAUAUCCAGGCUCGCGGAUUCAAUCACGGGAGAGAGCCUUACUUGGAUUCAGUGACAUGUGCCUACUCACCCGUUGGGAUCAUCAGCGGUGUGUUAGUUAGUGGGUUUUAUUAUGCUGGCUUGCCUUCUUGUGGUGGGAUUUCGACGGUUCAAAACAGGGAUGCCAAUUGCUGGAAGUUGCAGUCUGGGCUGGCUAUUGCUGCUGCAUGUCAUAGUUCAUAUGUGGAAAAGGACAAUGUCAUUAAUGAUGGGGAAGACAAUUCAGAGAAGCAAGGAGCAGAGUAUCAGCGACUCAAGUGGGGAGUUGAACCACUUAUUCCAAGCGAGAUUAAGGGUCAGAUGGGGCAUUGCGCAUUCUCUAGUGGGAAUGUAGAAAUACCGCAGCAUGGACGAGCCUAUCUAUGA